AUGGCCGACUCAAGUGACCGAGGCGACAAACCGGUCGCUAGACUCCUCUUUAAGCCUCGCCCAAAGCCGAAGCCAGUAGAGCCAGUAAACGAAGCUACUGAAGAGACCGCUCCCCCUUCCCCUCAACCCCCUCCAGAGAAGCCCCCUCUUGAUCAGCUCAGAGAUUUCCUGGCGAGCCAAAACCACCUAUUCACUUGCGGCGGAUCUAUCCCAAUUGUUGAAAAACCAGAAACGACUAAACAGCGCAGGGCUCCCACCCGGGGUCGGCCAAGCAAUCCGCUCACCAUUGAUGAGCCCAUAACUUCUGACCCUAUUACCAUUCGCUGGGACGUUGCUGGCCUAGAGGGAGAGACGGGGCAGCGUUAUAAUGCAUGCGACAAGAUCACCCUUCCGCUCGCUCCGGGAUCCGAGCACGACAUCUAG